AUGGCCACGGAGGGAGAAGAGGCUGUGCCAGGGGCGACACCUUGGUACGCGAAGUUCUUCGAAUACUGGAGAAACCGAAGUCGAGUGGGUCCAGGCAAGGUGGAGCUUCCGGACUGCGACUUCUUCAUCGUCGGACCUCGACGAACCCUGAGGAUCCUCAAGCCAACGUUGAAGAGCGGCUGGUACUACGAGAACUCGAACGACAGGCCGGAAUCGAUCGUCGACAACUUCUUCACUCGCUGGUCCAGAAGACCGCAUUCCUCCGGGAACUGUAGAUGCUCGUUUCGACAGUCGAAACGACUGAGCACCACCGAGGAGCAAAUUAUCACCGCGGAGCUGAACAGGAUCAGGACGAGCCUCUGCGAGGCUGAGAAGAACGAGCGAGCGAUCGAGGAGCUGGAGCAAAGGGUGUCGGUGAAUUUGCAGAAACUCCAAGUUGCUGCACCUGAGAACGAAGCAACGAGCGUAGAAGCGAAGAGUGUUUCGACGAUCGACGCGAACGACAGGGUCACCGAGGAGAACGACGAACAGACAGACGAGCAAACGAUCAAAACUAAAAUCGUCAAGGACCUGGAGAAGUACAUCAACGUGCUUCUCGAAGAGAUACUGGACGACACGGUGAAGCACAUCGCUGGCUCGGAGGACACUCUUACCAAGGAUGCGAGAAGCUCUAAGAAGAGAAACGACUGUUCGACGUCGUUCGAUUGCGACAGAGGCGAUACGACGAAGCACGAACCGACGAUCGAGCAAUCGAACGAUGAAUCGUUCAACGAGAUCAGCUUCUCUUUUCACGCGGCGAAGAACGGGAACGAGUCGGUGGAAAAGAGCGAAGAAACGUUGAGUGAUAAGAACGAGGGUUACGUGAAUCGCGGUUUCAUUGGCUCCACCAACGAUCCGGACUCGUUGGAUUUCUACCUGAGACGAUCGGUCGGCACGGAAGUCCCGUUGGAGCAAUUGGACUGCAUCGAUUCCGGGAUAAACAGCGUGGAAACGAUCGAGUUCCAGCCGGAUCAGGAGCCGAGCUUGGAGCAAUCCCUGCUGAAGAUCAUCGACGAGAAGCUCGGUAGAACGGCCCUGAGGAACAGUUGGGAGGACUUGAGCACAGGUGGCCAGGAGAAGGAUGCCCAUGGUCAGCCGACAAAGAGAACGGACGAGAUGGUGAUUCCGAGAAGUGGCGAGCAGCUGAGCAACGAUCGAGGCACAGAGAGAUCGGAGGUCACCGGGAAGAAUGAUGCGGAAAGCGGCGAGCCGCAGGAUCCGAGCGUUCAAACCGCCGUAGGAAUCGAUAUCUCGACGGAUAAUCUCGAGAGUGGCGUGCCCGCGGUGGCUCUGAAGGAGGCAGAGGAAACUGUUAACGAGCCCAGUUUCGAGAAACUGCGGCUGGAAUUCAAGGGCAACGACAGCGGCUCGUCCUUCAGGGCUAAAAAGGGUGGCAACGCGUUCGCCAAGCUGCGUGAAAAGUUCUGCGCGAGUCCAACCGACGAGCCGGACCGGUGUUCUUUGGAGAAGAGCAGCUGGAACGAGAAAAUGGGAACGUUCGACAUGAAGAAGGAAGCAGCUACCAUUGAGAUGGAGGACUAUAGGAAGAGUUGGCCUAACAUCGAGGAGAACACCGGUUCACCGGGUACCGAGCAGAAUCCUCGCGAUUUGGUGACGUUUCGAAAGAACCGGAAACCGAUGAUCGUGUUUCUGCACGGUUUCGGAUCCUCCGCGGAGAUAUUCGAGCAUCAACUUCGGUAUUUCUCAGCUUUGGGCUAUCCGUGCAUCGCGCCUGAUAUGCUAGGUCACGGAAUGAGCUCGGCGCCUAAUCGAUCCAGGGAUUAUCACUUCAGCAAGCUGCUCAAGGAUUUGGACACCGUGCUCUGUUACUAUGCGUUCAAGCCUGGCCAAAAGUGCGUCCUAGUAGCACACAAUUACGGAUGCAGUUUCGCGGCUGCCUUGGCUUGCAAAUAUGACAGUAGCAUUCAUCAACUAGUCCUAAUAUCCGGAGGUGGUCCAACGCCUUUAACAGCUCCAAGCACCGAAAGCGCUGGCCACUGUUGCCUCAGAGCUAUCCUAGCGCCCUUUUUAAUGUGCGGCCUUCACAGAGAUAUAUUAUAUUCCGCGAGGGGCCGUCAACACCCUUACUGUGGCCCCGAGCCACCAGAACAAUGGCCCUCGCACAUGAAAUACGUUUUGGACGGCAUGGUCUGGCCGGAAGGAGACUACGUGUUCCAUAGAAGGAUAUGCACACCGACACUACUCAUACACGGCCUCAGAGAUAACAAAGUGUCACUCGUACAGGAAUGUCAGAUGGAAAGGACUAUGUUGAAAGCUUUCCUCGAGGCGAUUCCAACUGCUGGCCAUACUCCUAUGACUGAUUGCCCGGAGCAAGUAAAUCACAUGAUACAUUGUUUCAUAGACUUAUGGAAGAACAAGAAAUGGUAGCGGUAAAAUAAGUAGGUACAUAUGUUCACAUGAAGGAAAAUAUGUGGAUUAUGUAUGUUAUUAUGUAGUAAUAUUAUAUUUAAAUCAAGUUCUUUGUACGGGUAUUUCACUCAUUGUACAUGAUAAAGAGAGACAAAAAUUGUGGUGCCUUGUGCUGAAUUUGCUGCGAGGAAUUGAACGUAUUGAGACAAAGAUUAAGAUCUAUUGUACAUAAUCUAGAUUCUAUACUGGUGAAAAUUCGUUUGUAUAGAACACUAUUUUAUACAAUUGCAAUGAAGUAACCAAUUUUUUGUACGACUAUUUUUUCUACGAACUUUGUUUAAUAUUGUAUAGCUGAAAAAAUAACUAAUAAGAUAUUCGCGUUUGUAAAGAAGUUAUAUAAGUCUGCAUAGUAACUGUGCCAAAACAUGUACACGAUUGUUAAACUGUUUAUUCGUAUUUACGCAGGCCUUAACGAAGGUUCGUUUGUAAAUGAAAUUAUAAAAUACAAUUUAGAGGCUAUGUAGUAGCGUAUAAGUUAUACCAAAGAUGAUUUAUACACUGUUAU